CGGCUACCGGCCGCCGUCCCCGAGACAGUCGCGUACUGUUCUCCGCGGUGACUGCACGCCGCUGCUCGCGUCCGCGCGCUCCACAAACCGCGAUAUAUUUCGAUUACAUCGCGCAAGUAAUGUGCGCAAACGCACACCUCGGUAAUCCAUUUGUUGACAGCCAGUCGUGACAGUGCAAAUGUCUCCCAGUUUAGAAGGGAUCAUGUUCAACCGAAACACGAACCUGUCGGCGCGCCGGCCGUUGUUGGCGGAACCGCAAAAGCCUCUAAUGGUCCCACCACGCGCGCCUCCCCGCGACACUGGCCCGCACCGGCCCUUGCCCGCGCCCAGGAACCUGCCUACUGAUUAUUCUUACGAAUACCGACCAGAUUACUGGAAACCAUCGAACGUCGAACUCGAAAGACGGCUACAUGAGACAAGGGCACGCGAGAAAGUUGGAUACUUUCAAGACAAAGUUACAGCUCCAGAUCUCAGUUUGGACCGCAGAGAAGCGGAGCUCGUGUUCAGGUUCGAUCCACAGGCGUCUGAUGAAUAUCUUACGAGCCAGUAUCGUGCUCCGGUAGUGCAUUAUGCGAAGCCCCCGACUCCGGCGAACGGGUUCGCUGCCCGUGUGCCUGAGAGAGACGGGCCGUUCGUGUUCGGUGUGCACAGUCCGAGCCAGUUCCCGAUUUCGCGGCGGGACGAUGACGACUACGACUACUCCGAAGUGGCUGAAGAGAACGGCCGCACUGUGAUACGAGACGAUGUGUCUGAAGACUUGAAUUGCUGUGAUAAAGUGAACGAGUGGGCGGUCAGGGACAAAAAGAGCAGACGGACUUUGAACCGCAUGUUUCAGAUUAAAGACAGAAGGAAGGUGAAAGGUGGAAAGAAAGAGAAGAUAAAGUGUGUGUUGGUGGGUGAUGGAGCUGUUGGGAAAAGCUCGUUGAUAGCGGCAUACGCGCAGGAUACAUUUCGGGAAGACUACCAGCCUACAGCAUACGACACAUUCAAUGUUGUGGUUGACGUGGACGACCGACCGCUUUGCGUAGAAAUCUGUGAUACUGCUGGACAGGACUCAAUGUCCGAGCUCCGGGAGCUCUGUUACCCUGGAACUGAUGUGCUGAUGCUGUGCUUCUCCGUGGUGAGGCCGGAGACCUUCAGGUCUGUCGCGGAGAGGUGGACCAAAGCUGUGGCCAAUGUGAACGCGCCGCUCAUACUUGUAGGCACGCAAAGUGACCUCGCGCAAGAUCCUAGAAUUCUACAGACUUUGAGGAGUCGAGGCGAGCACGUGGUUACAGAACUCGAGGCGAAGGCAUUAGCAGCUAAGAUCGACGCAGUCUACAUAGAAACAUCAGCUAAAACAAGGAAACAGUUAAAGGAUGCUUUCGAUGCCGCCAUUUUGGCAGGCCUGCCAAUAAGACACUGCAAAAAACCUUUUUGGAAGAAACUAUUCUGUUUAAGUUAAAAUAUUUUAGAUAAAAAUGGACUAUUUUGUGUAUGCCUAUUUGGAAAUUGUUGUGUACAGUUGUACUGUAUAGAAAUUGUUGGAAAAAGUGACGGACCAGUUUAAAACUUCGUUAUCUUUUGUAGAUAGAUAAUUAAUAAUCAUUUAUCGGAUACUAGCAAGCUUUAAAUGUUCUGUCUGUGUUAUCACUGUUAGAAAUUUUCACUGCGAAAGAAAAAUUUUAAGCUUUACUAUUUUUUCGACUUGUGUUCCUGUUCGGAGUGCCUUUAGAAAUGUAUUAGCAUUCGCACAUCGAAGUUUGUUGCUAUUAAGAAAGUGCCAGGCGCGCCUAUAUUUAAAUUCUGUAAGAAUAAUUAAUUCCAAGAAAAUCUAGUGUGACUUACUUUUUGUCAAGUUAUUUUCGAAAUUUGGAUCUUUUAUUAUUUGUAGGUACUAUUAAAUUCUAAAGUUGUUUCUUCAAAUAACUGUUAUCUACCUAUAUUUUGUUAAUCUGGUUGCAAAAUAUUAUCUGUUGUUUCUACAUUCCUUUUACUCGAAAGAUAUUUUUGUAAUCACAUGCAUUAUAGUGUCACACACUUGGGAUGGGAACAUCUGAUAGUAUGUAAUACUUAUUACGAAGGGAAUAAAGUUGAAAAUAACUUAAAAUGAUGAAUUUUAAAAGAAACUCUCUACCUGAUAAGCGAUUCUGAGUCAUAACAAUUUAAAUUUUGUACUAGUCUUAGUGCGUCGUUUGAACCAGAAAAACUACCCUUAUACCAUAAUUUCUGCCUAUCCUAAUAUGUUAAGAUCUUCUUAAUGUAAAAGUUUUUGAAAAUAUUACUCUUUCACGCAAAAAUAAGCGCCGCCCAUAGACAGAUGAAACACCAGAGGCGUUACAAGACAAGUACGUUGCCGACCUUUUGGGAAUUUGAUAGAUUUGAAUGAAAUUUAGUACAGAGAUAGAUUAAAGUCUGCAAUAACAUAUGGGGCACUUUGUAUCCACUAGUUUAUUAUUAACACGACUUAAUAUUGACAACUGUGAAACUUGUAGUUUGGCGGUUAUCAAUAUACACAAUACUAUAAUUACUCAAAAUAUCUGUCCAAAAAUAAAAAUAGCUCUUUUAGACCUAUGUCUAUACCAAUCAGCUCAUAAAGAUAUCCCAAUUUGUCAGAUUUCUUGAAUACUUUAUUGUUUUGUAAUAAAGAUAGAAAUCCAUUGCAAAGACAGAUUGCAAGCUUCCUGUACAUUUUUGUAGAUAUUUGGUUUAAACGAAGUUCUAAGUUUUAAACUAAUUGAUUUCUGACAGAAAUAUUCUCAAUUUGACGAAAAAACCAAUCGCUAUGAUCAGGAUCAAUGGCGUAAAAAAGGGCCUAUUUAUAGCAUGGCUGAGAUUUACAAUGUGUAUCAAAUAAUAGUGGUCAUAAUUUGAAGUUUAUAUACUGCUGGGUUCUCCAAUUUAGCUUUCCAUAGAUGGCGCCUUCAGCGUUUUUGGAGACUCUUAAUUUAUGAUCAUAAACGAUAAUCUGUCUCUGUCACACACUAUCGAAUUACAAGUGGAAGAGGGAGACAGAAACAUGAAAAUUAAAUAUCUCAGCCAUAUAUCAAAGGAGUUCUAACUUUAUAUUGUUGUACAGUAAUCAUAAAAAAUGUAAUUUUAAGUGUUAUAAGUGUAUAUAUUGGAUAAUUAUUUUAAUUAAUGUUGUUUUGAUA